AUGAACAGACAAGUGCACUGCGAAUCCCUCUCACCACCACCACCGUCUUCUGAUGCUGGACGAGACCUCGAUCAACCCUCCAUUGUCUCUGCUUCGACAUCCCGAAAAGACACGUCGAAGUCAACCGCAUCCAAGGACCGAUUUACAAAAGAAGACUUUGACCGCGUUCUCUCCUGGCUCGAACAUAAGCCCAACUUUGACUUACUCCACAGAACUUCAGGACGGACGUCUGUUGGGAAGCCAUCAGGGACAGCAUCAAGCGGGUAUGCUACACUGGCAGCAUUAGUUUCGCGGCAUAGCAAAGGACGCCUGAACCUGACAGCGAGGGCAAUGCGGGAGCGGUUCCAGCGGCACAAAAACAAAUACAAAUCAGUCAAGGAUCUAUCGUCACGUACUGGCUUUGAGGUGACAGACGAGGACCGGAAGAAUGGUAUUUACACAAUGACGGGCAAGCUCGAAAGCCUGUGUGCUUGCUAUCAGAGGAUGGACAACUUGUUUGGACAGAAGCCGAACGUCCCCCCGUUGGUGGAGUUGACCAGGAGAAGGAAUAACAGGAGUCGGGGCCUUCCUGAUGCCGUCGUCGAGGACCAGGGCGUCAUCGCUCUUGAUAACUCUUUCAUCGACAACGACAACGACAACAGCAACGACGAUGGUAACAAUAGCAAUGACGACGUUAAUAGCGACUUGGAAAAUAACGAACCCAGCAGCGAAGAUAAUGAAGAACCUAGUAUCAACCCAACUGAUGUCUAUAACCUCGAUGACACCCUCGAUGACAUCCAAGUUUCAGCCUUCACCGACAAUGCAGACCAAGGUCUCUUGAGUGAGCCUGGUAUUGACGGAGCGUCUGCCGCUGCAGAUCCCCCACCUGCGCUGCAAGUGGGUAAAUCUCGCCCAUCAAAACGACAAGCAUUGGAUACAGAGUCAAACGUUUCUAGCAAGAAGUCCAGGGUCACAGACACGCGCAAGGCUCCACCCAAGGUGGAUCAUGGCCCCUCUCGGAAUACACGGAAUGGAUUCACCACUGCUUACCUGGAUUCAUCGACCUCUAAGCUUGAAGAAAUCGAGGAAAAGAAACUGGAGCAAGAGAAAGUCAGUGAUGCGAGACGGAUGAAACUCGAUCAAAAGCGUGUUGCGUUGGAAGAACGAAGGAUCGCACUGGAGAAGGAGCAGGCAGAAAAACAACGGGAGGCAGAGAAGGAGCUCUUGGGAAUCAGGCUUAAAUGGGAGAGAGAGAGUGAGGAGAAAAGGAUCGAACUGGAGGAGAAGAAGUUGUUGUGGGAGAAAGAAAAACUGAAGGCAGAAUCGGACUUUAAGUUCAUGAUGCAGAAGGCUAUGUUGGUGCAGUCAGCCAUGAGCAACGGGUUCAAACUGGAGGAUAUCAAGGCCAUCAUGGCCAUUAUUAAGGACAAGUAG